AUGGAGGGCUUGGAGAGUGAUUUGGAGGACAUGAGACAGUAUUUUAGGAGUGGAAAGACCAAAGAUGCAGCCUGGAGGCAGUCUCAGCUUAAAGGGUUACUCUUGUUUAUGAAGGAAAACGAGAAAGACAUCUUCAAGGCUUUAAAGGAAGAUUUAGGAAAGCAUCAUGCUGAGGCAUACAGAGAUGAGAUAGGGACCUUGAGAAAAUCCAUAAAUUUUGCACUGCAAGGAUUAAAAGAAUGGAUGUCAGGCAAAGCGGCCAAGCUGCCAAAAAUUGCCCUGUUAACAUCUGCAGAAUUGGUUCCUGAACCUCUUGGUCUUGUCCUCGUUAUUUCAUCUUGGAAUUUUCCUUUUGGACUAUCUUUGGAACCACUGAUAGGAGCAAUAGCUGCAGGAAACACAACGGUUCUAAAACCUUCGGAUUUAGCUCCUGCAUGUGCUUCUCUUCUAGCAAAUGUUUUGCCUACUUACCUAGACAAUAAAGCUGUCAAGGUUAUUCCAGGAGGAGGAGCUGUUGGUGAACAUCUCCUGCAGCAGAAAUGGGACAAGAUCCUUUUUACAGGAAGUGCACGAGUAGGACGGAUAGUUAUGUCAGCAGCUGUAAAGCAUCUCACACCUGUUGUUCUGGAACUGGGCGGAAAAUGCCCUGCUGUUGUUGAUUGCUUAUCAUCAUCUUGGGAUAAACAGGUGGCUGUAAACAGAAUUAUUGUGUCAAAAUUUGGCGCCUGCGCUGGUCAAGCAUGCAUAGCAAUUGAUUAUAUCCUAGUGGAAAGGAGAUUUGCUUCCACCCUGGUGGAUUUAAUGAAAGUUAUGAUCAAGAAAAUGUUUGGUGAAAACCCAAGAGAGACAAAUUCUGUUGCAAGAAUAGUUAACAGACAACAUUUCUUGAGAUUGAAGAAUCUUCUAAGUGACUCAGCCGUGAGAAAUUCCAUAGUCUACGGAGGUUCAAUGGAUGAAAAAAAUCUGUUCAUUGAGCCAACAAUCUUGGUAGAUCCUCCACUUGAUGCAGCCAUAAUGGCAGAAGAAAUAUUUGGCCCUUUGCUUCCCAUAAUUACAUUGGACAAAAUUGAAGACUCUGUUACUUUUAUCAAUUCAAGGCCUAAGCCGCUUGCAAUUUAUGCCUUCACCAAAAAUGAAAAGUUCAGGAGAAGAAUGGUUUCUGAAACAUCAUCAGGAAGCUUGGUAUUCAACGAUGCAGUUAUUCAGUACGCAGCUGAUACCUUACCAUUUGGAGGGAUUGGUGAAAGUGGGGUUGGCAAGUAUCAUGGAAAAUUCUCAUUCGAAACAUUUAGCCACUACAAAGCAGUGGUAAGGAGAAGCUUCCUAACUGAUUUUUGGUUCAGAUUUCCCCCAUGGAAUGAUUACAAGUUGUCACUUUUUGAAGCAACUUACGCCUUUGACUAUGUUGGAAUGCUCCUAGUCAUUCUAGGCUUGAAGAGGUAUAGAUACAACUGA